GCGCGGGGCCCGGGGAGCGGCCGGAAGAGCGGACCGCGGCGGGGGGAGGCCUUUGGGCGGUGCACGGCGUCGGCGCCCCCCCGGCCUUCCGCGCUCGGGCCUCGGUCCCUGGGGGCGGUGGGCAGGCCCCGGGCCCCAGUCGCUGGUUCCUUCGCCGGCCCGGAGGCCGGGAGCCCACACACUGUCCCGUGAGCGGAGGCGGGCGGCGGCGGCGGCGGCGGCGGGGUCCGGUUUCGUCCCCGUGGCGGUGCGGAGGCUGCCCAGCAUGGAGCGGGCUCCCCAGGGAACAUUCCAAGAUGAGCUGGAGUGGUGUAUUUCACAGCUGGAGGCAAAUCUCCUUUGCCUCAACCCAACUCCAAAACAAGCGGAGGAGGCACAGCACGUUCUCAAGAUUCUGUACUCUCGUGAGACUCCUCUUGUGAAGAAGCGACAAGUGAUGAACCAUGUUUUUGGGGAUUAUCAUCUCAAGAUGGCUGAGGACCAGAAAAGCAUGAAGAAAGCAGGUGUGAAACCUGGUGAUGUGGAAGUACAGCAAAGUAAUGGACAGCCUUCAGGUGGUGUUGUAUAUGGGAAACAAUCUGACCAAAUCUCUGAGGCAAAGCCAAAGUGGUUCAUAUCAUCUGACAACAGCCUUACACUUUCUGAGAUUGGCCCAGAAGCAACUGGCACACCUUUGGAAGCAGUCCCUGGUGUCAAUGGUGCUGAGCAGAUACAAACCAAUGUAAGAGCCACCAAGCAGGAGAACUGCAAUGGAGUCUUGAGUUUUGCUGCCUCUGGACAAGAACCCAAGUCUGCCUUCAACUUUGUCAUCCCAGGUGAAGACUGUCCUCUGGUUCCAUUAGUUCCAGCAAGCCAACACAUAGAGUGUACAGCAGCUCAUGAAGUGCUGACUAAUUCACUGCCUACUGAACCAGCAGGUAUGCCACAGAUUUCAACCUUGCAGAAGCCUGAGCUGAGUCAAACUGCAGGUAGCGCACCCAAAGAGGAUAGAAGCCACGUCACGUUAAAGAUCCCCCAACCAGAGACUGCUCCUGGAGAUGAGACAGUGACAGAGAAAUCAACAGGAGAUGGAGCUGCCCAGAAGAAGAAAAAGAAGAAGAAGCAAAAAACAUCUGUCAGUAAAAAGGAGAUAGGAGAAACUGAGGUCAACAGGAAGGCAAAGGCAGAAGCCAACAGAUGUCAGAAUAAAGAUACUUCCCACCAGGAUGAGACCUCUCAGCAGUCAGAUGACCAGCUGUGGAAAGAGGUGGACUGGUGCGUGGAACAGCUGGAACUUGGCCUGAAGACACAGAAGUCCACCCCAAAGCAGGUCGAGGAGGCUCUCCGUGCGAUCAAGACACUGCGCAAUGACAAAGCUCCACUGGUGAAGAAGCGUCAGCUCAUGAGAGCCAUGUUUGGAGACUACAGGAAGAAGAUGGAGGAGGAGUGGUGCAAAGAGCUGAAGCUCAUGGAAACAGCUGUGAAAUCUGCCAGGGUCGUGGAAGUGAAGGGAAACAUCCGCAACAAGAAUGGCCAGUUCAUCCGGAAGUGCUCAGGAGCUUGCAGGAAAAGCCAAGGUUCAGCAGGAUACCCUUCAGAGUCACCCAGGACACUGAAUACAGGCUCAUUCAAAUUCACAGCUUCCCAAGAAAAGUUUUGCUUUAAUUUCUUGUAGGAAAGUCAUUUAGUCUAAAACUGGCUAAAAACUGCGCCCAAUCUCUGUAAACCUAAAAACAGUGGAAAGGUGCCGUGCAGUAGAAAAUGUUACACAAGAAUCUCUGUGUAUUUCCAAAAGAAAGGAUCCUCUUUCGGAGUGCCUUAUCUAGAGAUUUAAACAGAUCUGCAUACUACACAUAUGACCCCAAGACUCAGUAUACAUAGUCAUCCUCUGUUGUCACAGUGUAGAAAGGCACUUUUGCAGAAGAUCGGCACAGAGUCUGGAAGGAUCUGUUUUUCUUUCUGUAGAAUUGGCAUUAACGUAAGAAUAUGUCUUUUAUACUGGGAGAUUUUCCCAUUCUCCUAUUGCUUUUAAAUAAACCAGACCUUAUAUAGCAGAUGAGGCAGCGAUGCAUACAGAACUGAAUGGUUUAUAAUUAAGAUCCAGCUUCUGUGAAGAUAAAAGCAGUGUAAGCAUACUGGAUAGUUGAAUGCUUCCACUCCAUAUGAGUCUGUGAAUGCAGCUGCUGGUAUCCAGAAGACACUGGACAGUGUGUGUAGUCACUGCCAUCUAGAGCAUAUGAGUUCAGGAUCUUGGAGGAAAAUAAGUAAGAAUCAUCCUUGGUCAUUCAUCUCUUUAAUUGACAAGUAUAGUCUUAAAAGAGAGCUGCAAAUGCUGAUUUAAUCUAGCCUAGGGAUAUAAGGACAGUUGUUUCCAGACAGCGAGAGUUUUGUGGCUAAAGCCAGGUUCUGGCCUGCUAGGAAGGAUGCACAAUGAGUUCUUAAAAAAAGAAGUUUAUAAGUAGCCCAGUUACAACCACCAGUGACUCAGAGGAUAGAUCAGCUGCAUGUCAAACCUUGGGUGGUGGUAAAAUGAACUGUAAGAGCCCGAAGAUUCUCUUGCAUUUGGUUUGUAUUAAAUUUUUGCUUUCUGAACA